GGAAUUGUCGUAAUAAGUGGUGCGAUUUCGGUCGGAUUGGUAUUUCUGGUUGAGCGACUCGGACCAGUGUUCCAAAUAUCUGUCAGUAUGCGUGGCAUAACCGAUGGACCAUUGCUGGGUCUCUUCGUGCUAGGAAUGGUAGUACCCUGGGCGAACACAAAAGGUGUGUUAUUUGGUGGCUGUGUCGGUCUCAUCAGCAUGUUCUGGCUAGUAGGAGGCGCUCAAUGGUACAUUAUGCAUGGUAGCAUGAAGUAUGAUUCGCUACCUACGUCAGUGGACGGUUGUCCAUUUAAUGAAACUUUGUCGACUGCGACAACACCUAGUUGGAAGGAUCACGACGAAGAGCCAAUGAAAUUGUUUCAAAUAUCUUUUAUGUACUAUAACAUAAUAGGAGCGACAAUCGUUAUCGUCAUUGGUACUAUGGGAAGUUAUUUUUUUGGCACGGAUCUGGCAAGCGUGAAUCCUGAUCACAUUACACCGAUGAUGAAACGGUUUCUCUCUCCACAAAUGUAUACCGAGGUUCCAUUAAGAGAAGUGUUACCGUCACUUAAUGCUGCGACAGAAAAAAGCAAGUAAUUGCGAUGCUUUGUUUGGUUUUUUUUUUAUAAGACGAGCCAGUAAAGUUGAUUAAACGGCAAUUUUUAUCCUAAAAAGUUUAUCGAGUUGUCAACGACGCUUUUAAAUCAUGUGAAUGAUAGCUAACUGCGCGACAAAAAGGGUGUGUUUUAUUAAUUAAUAGACGCAUGCGCUAGAUAUUUUUGGUUUGGUUUGGUGCACUUGUGGC